AUGGGAAUCGCAGGCUCGCACAUCGGAUGGACAUCACCGAGUCUUCCUUACCUAAAAUCAGAAAUUUCUCACUUACCGAUGAGCAACGACGACAGUUCGUGGAUUGCCUCGUUCUUCCUUUUAGGAUCAGUGCCAGGAAACCUCCUGGCUGCGUUUAUCGUUGACACGAUUGGAAGAAAGCUCAGCCUGCUGUUAGCAGGCGUUCCCUUGACCCUGGGCUGGCUGCUGAUAAUCUUCGCGCGCAAUGCUUACUAUCUCUACGCCUCGAGGUUCAUCAGCGGGUUCGGGAUGGGCAUAGUCUACGUAGUUUGCCCGAUGUACAUUGGCGAAAUCGCGGACAAGAAGAUUAGAGGUGCUUUGGGAACCUUCAUUAAGUUGAUGGUCACCUUCGGGGAGCUUUACUCCCACGCUGUUGGACCCUUUACGAAAUUUCACGAACUGACCUACGCGUGUUUGUUGAUUCCAGUCGUUUUCUUUAUGACUUUUAUAUGGAUGCCCGAAUCGCCGUACUAUCUGAUGACUAAAGCAGUGUUAAUGGACAUGAAGAGCCGCGCUGGCUUCCGAGACCUCUUCAUGACCGAAGGUAACCGCAAAGGGCUGACAAUUUGCUUUGGUCUCCAAUUAAUCCUCCAAUUCAGCGGAAUCGCGGCGAUAGAAUCGUACACUCAAGAAAUAGUGGCUCCAAGCGAGUCGGGCUUAACUCCAGGAAUCUCGGUGAUUAUCCUGAGCGUCUGCCAACUGGUAGCAGGGCUGGGAGCUGCUGUCCUGGUGGACAAGCUAGGAAGACGACCUUUGCUGAUGAGCACUACUUUGUGCGCGGCUGUAGUUCUUAUGGUCAGCAGCGCCUUCUCUAUCCUUAAGAUAGAACUCGGCUGGCCUCUAAAAGGCCUCGGCUGGAUACUCGACUCCUCAGUGAUCCUCUAUGAGUUCAUAAUCGCCCUGGGGCUGAACCCUCUGCCUUAUAUGAUGCUCGGCGAGCUCUUUCCGACCAAUGUCAAGGGAGUCGCUGUCUCUAUAGCCAAUGUUUGGGGCUCCAUACUCGCUUUCUUCGUCGCUAAAAUGUUCCAAGUUGUUACAGACACUUGUGGAAUGUACGCUAGCUUCGCUUGGUUCGCUGCUUCUUGUGUUCUUGGUCUGGUUUUUAUUCAGUGGUUUGUUCCCGAGACCAAGGGCAAGUCUCUUGGGGAAAUUCAGGACGAACUUAAUUGCAGGAAGAAGGUUAAGACUAUUAAUCAGGAGGUUUAUAUUAAAACUAUUGAUUUUUAG